AUGAAACGAAGUUAUUUAUUUCGUAAACCAAUCGAUGUGAACAACGACGACGAUGAGUUUUUGAAUAUUCGCGAAUCGAAUCGAAAAAUUAUUCACGCCAAACCUAUAAAAGAAAAAUAUGUUAAAAAAUUAGGCAGUCUUGGAAGUGGAAUUCAACUUAUUGAAGAAAAAUCUGAAGAAUGUCGAAGUUUGUCUUUUGAUGAGCGCAAUAAAUUAAGUGCAAAGAUAUUGAAAGCUGAACUCAAAGGCGACCUAGAUUUAGUAAAGAAGCUUAAAGCAAAAUUAGAAGGGAGUUCUGCUGAAAAUCUUUUACAGUCAGAAAAAUCAGAAAUUUUACUGCGGACUAAUGAGAAAAGUGGCCUUACUAUGCCAGUUUUUAAGAAGGCAAAGUGUGAUGACACUGAUCAUUCAUCCGAAAAGACGAAAUAUAAGCUUGGGGAUGUUGAGGCGAAAUAUCAUUCACAAAUGGAACUUAAUGAAAUGAGGAAAGAAGAAAAAUAUACAAAUGCUUCAGAUCAGUUGUAUCUUUUUAGUCAAUCUGCUAAGGCUGCGUGUAGUAGUCGAACUGAGGAUGAUUGGGUUAUUGAUGACGCUAUGAUGAGUCAAAAAAAGAAGAGGAAAUUUGCAGAAAAAGAACAAAAACGUGAACAUGAGAAGGCAAUUAGAGGUCGUCACGGCAAAUUAUGUGCUGUGUUUCUGGUAAUAUGA